CAGCACGAUGUUUUUAUGCCCGUUUUAAGGAAUGGAAGGAACUGAGUGGCUUUUGGAGGCAUUUGCAGCUCCAGUCUUAGCUGGUGACCAAACUCUUCAUCUCUGGCUUUGUACCAUCUGCUGCCCUCCGCUCACAUCUCUCCCCUUUCUCUUUGCUUUAGCUCAGCUGUGAUGCCUCGAUCUCCGUGCCCAGAAGAGAACUCCGCUCCCAAAGUCACCCUUUCCAGCUAGAUGCACCCAAACCAGGCAGCUGCCAUGGAAACGGGCUGCACGGAGGAGUCUGCCCGGACCAGGACACAGUCAAUGGCCUGUGCUGGGGACCAGCAGCGGGAGGAGAGCAGGGACCAGCUCCCUGAGCAGGGCAGUGCCUCCAUCGCAGCCGCGGAGCCGCAGCCGGCACCCGGGAAGCUGAAGAAGACGGCGUUCAAGCUGUUUGGAGGCAAGAGGAGCAUCUGCACGCUGCCCAGCUUCUUCGGGGGCAGGAGCAAAGGCCAGGGCAAGGCAAACUCUAAGAAGGGCCUCAGUAAAUGUAAGACCCACGACGGGCUCAGCAGUGCUGCUUAUGACAAAGGUGGUGGGGUGCAGCUGGAAAGCCCUGCGGAGGGGAGCAGGGACCUGCAUCCCGGCCCUUUGCCGAGCUCCCAGAGCGCUCACGUUGCUGUAGACGCCAGCGCCAGGUUUGAGUUUGGCCAGCAGGACAGCUCACCACCAGGGAGCAUUGAGGGCUGUGAGAAAAAGCCCAAUGGAGAUAAAUCCUCUUUUCCCAGACCCAAAAAAGGCCUGAAAGGGUUUUUUAGCAGCAUCCGGCGUCACCGGAAGAGCAAGGCGGCCGAGUGUGAGAAAGCCGAGCUCCCCGAGUGGAGCGGGGACACCGAGGAGGCCAGCAGAGCUCCCGGAGGGGCAGCGGAGAGCCAAGGUGCUGCAGAGGGAAGGGGACUGGCACCGGUCCCUCCUGGCACAGCCUGCAUGGGGUGCCCGGAGGAUGAGCACUCCAUGGGCACUGCUGAUAACUGUGGGGAGGCCGAGCCCGGCUGCCUGACUGCUGCUGAGGGCAGCUCUGAGUGUGACACGGGGACAGUGCCAGGGAAGAGGGAUGCCCUGGAUACAAAACCAGAGGCUGACGCUGUUGUGUGCGCGGAGUUUGACCAUGGUAACAUGCUGAUGGCUUUUCAUCCAGACUUCAUGGACAAUGACCCCCCCUGCCUCAACUCUGGGGACCUGCUCAGCCUCAUCCUGGGAGAUGCUGCGUCCCUGAAGAGCUUUGACUCCCUGACGGGGUGUGGAGAUGACAUUGCUGAGCCCGACAUCGCCGAGAGCACCAUCUCUGUGGAGCGCAGCAGAGAUGCUGCGAAGCGGAGCUCCUGCCUGGUCACGUACCAGGGCGGUGGGGAGGAGAUGGCCAUACCCGAGGAGGCAGAGGAGUACCUCCACCACCUAUGGGGCAGCAACGUGCCAGGUGACAGGAGCUACGGAGCCCAGGUGUCGAGCAGCAGCCUGGAGACCCAUGCCUCGCAUGAGGCUGAAGCCCACCCCUUCAUAGGGGAUGCGAUGGAUGGCGUUGACCUCCUGACGCCACAGAGUGACCAGCAAGAGUCCGCCCCUAACAGUGACGAGGGUUACUAUGACUCCACCACGCCAGGGCCGGAGGAUGAUGCUGGGGACGGGCUGGGUGAGCUCAAGAAGGAUCGCCUGCCCCGGGACAGUUACAGCGGUGAUGCACUUUAUGAGUUUGAUGCGCUGAUGAGUCCCUCUCACGGGGAGGAAUCCCUGUUUGAAAGCAAACUCUCCCGCCCCGGGAUCUUCAGCUACUUCUUGGACUUCUGCCUCCCUGCCGAGAAGAGCCUGAUCCAGAUGAUCGACCAGAAAAGAGGGGUGAUGGAAAUGGAAGAAGAGGGGCUGGCGGCCAUUCAGAAAGAGCUGCUGUACUGGGAGCUGCAGCGGGAACCGGUCUUGAAACGCCUUGAUGCUCCCAGCAAGGAGAAGUGUCCCCUUGAGAAGCAGUGUGUUGAAUGUAAAACCAGAGCAGCCAGCUCAAUGGGCAAAAAGAGUGGCCUUGGUGGUGAGCAGGUGGCCUCGCACGCCCCAAACAGAGGGGGGAACAGCGCGGGUUCGGUGGCUAGAGCUGAAAAUCCAGACUGGAGGGGUUUUCCAGGGACUCUGUGUCCAGAAAACUGUUACAACAGCCCAAAAGCUGGAAGUUGCCUUAUUCAGCUCGUGCAGAACAACCCGGGGUUUGAGUCGGACCCAGACCGUGGGUUGUUCCGGGACUCCAUCCACGGCAGCGUCGCCCCAGCCAAAGCAGGGAUGUUCCCUGGCUACAGGCUCCCAGAGGAUGAGGAUGGUGAUGGAGAGGAGACCCCCAGCAGCAAGCCCCAGGUGGGCAGCGAGCCUGAGCAUGCUGUGAGCUUCUCACAAGCUCUGGUGGAGUUCGCCAGCAGCGGGACCCUCUUCUCCAGCCUGUCCGAAAGCCUGGGCAGCUCAGCCUCCGGCUCCUCCUUCACCCAGAACCUCCCUGCCCUCCCCACCAUGGUCACCUUCGACGUGGUCGACGUGGAGCAGGAAGGAGAAGGGGAGUGCGAGCAGCAUCCGGACAUGACUGCGGGCGAGGACAUUGCCGAGGCCUUUGAGGACAGCUACGGGCAGAAGGAGUCGUUGGCUGAAUGUGACGAGCGAAUGUCCCCGGGGUUCGCCCCGGGCUCCUUCCAGAGCUGCGACUGGGGCGUCACCAGCCUGCCCCGGCACCUGCGCCUGCACGGGCUGAGCCCCUCCAUGGCACCACUCUCCAUGGACCGCAGGAGCCGGUCGCUGGACACGGAGAGCCUGGAGUUCGAGCUUGCUGAGCCCCAGGCUGCCAGGGGCGGCCCCCAGCCCGGCCGGCUCUGGGCGAAGCGGGACGGUGGAGCGAGGAGGAGCAGGAGCAAGGAGGAGGGCGAGCUGGUGGCUCCCGAUGGCGGAUUGAGCUGGCCGGGCUUGCAGCACCUCCAGCACGACCCCAACACGGGGAUGGAGCUCUGGGAGUUCACUCCAGCCACCGCCAUGGAUGGUGCCUGGGAGCCCCCGGAGCAGCCGGGCCCCGUGUCCCCUUUCUUGCCUCUUUCCCAGAGCAUCUCUGGGGAGUCUCCAGAGCCGGAGCUGAGCAGGCCCCCGCUCAGACCCCACAACUUGCCUCUGCAGCCUGACGCGAGGUGGUCCCGGGAGGCAGCCGGUUCCUACAGGUACCGUGGAGAUGCCGCCACCAAAACCUUGCCCCAUUUGGUACCCUCGGGCGGGACGGAGCCCGAGCUGCCCCCAGGCUUUGGGUUCGCUUGUUCCCCGGAGAAGCGCGGCAAGUGCAAACCCGUGGGCAUCGCCCAGGGCGUUCCGCAGCAUCCCAGUGGUUCCAUGCAGAGCCCGGAGCGCUGUGGAGAGCCCCUGAAGGGCAGAGCCCCCCCUGGUGCCCGCAGCGCUGCCCUCGGCCGCACCGACGCCGAGUAGCUGCUCCGGGGAGGGAGCAGCAGGGGUUGCAAAGGGAGGGAGGAAAUAAAGCAGUGAGUGACUUGAAACAAGACCUGGGCUGAGGAGCUCCUCUGCUGCAGCCCUGGCCAUGCUCUCGGUGCUGCGGAUGCUCUGCCAGGGCUCGGGGUCGCCUGCGGGAUUUGUGUGUUAACACUGGGGCACCUUCGUGUUGCCCCCGCGUGUGCUCGCGUUGCUGCUGGAGUGAGAGCUGGGAAUGGACCCUUGGCAGGGUUAGGGUUUUCCUGCAGGAUUGGAGCCUGGGGAAGCUGUUGAGGGAAAUCCCAGCCGGGGGGGGGGGGUUCUUCCUCUUCUUGGUGAAACGUUUUGGUUCAGGCUCACACUGAAUGUCUCCAUCUCAGCCUCCCUUUGGGGAGGAGGGAUGUUGUUUCCAGAGUGAGGAUGGAGGAGACUCAGCCAAAAGGGGAACUUUGCCGUCACACUCUUAUUUAUUACUCCUUUUCCCUGGCCCCAAGGAGAGCAGGAGCUGGUGUGUGCGUGCUCAUCGCGUCCCCAGGUCUAGUUUCGAUUUGCUCAGAGAUGUCACACUUGGAGAGAUGUGCUGUCCCUCUCAAGAACAAAGCCUCGGUCCCUUCUGUGUCGUGGUCUGCCUUCAGUGUAGAAUUCCAGUUGCAGCCUUUCCCGUGCAUUGUCCCAGGCUCCUGCCCUCUCCCACGCCGUGGGCACAGGGAUGAGGUCUUUGGAAUAAGCUAACUCCGCCUCGUGCCUGUAGCUGUGAAGUUGCAGGUGUUGUUACUUCCUUCAGAAGGAAGGUCUGGGGUUGGUUUCUUUAAUGUCCAUUACUUGAUGCUUGCUUUCUUUGCCUAGACUCAUGCGAGGGAAGCGUUCUGAUGGUUGGAACACAGAAUGUACCAGCCUCAGCUGGGCUCCACGGCCUCCUCCUCCUGCCUGGAGGGGAUGGAAGGGAUGGAGGUCGCUGCAGGUUUGGGAUUUGGUUUUCCUGUUUGAGGGAGUGUGGAGGAGGGACACGAGCUGAGACGAGCUCCUGCAGGCGUCCGCU